AAUCUGAUCCUAACAAUCUGGGACAGAUUUCUGGGAGCUAACUGGAUCACAUUGUUUUUUCGCUUUCGUCACCGUAUAGAAGUAAACACACUUCUAUACGGUGGUUAUGGGAAUACUGUGCUACAGAAUUAGUAAACAAAGUGCUCUCUACUCAUUGAUUUUUUCCAGAUUCAUAAAACAAGUUGUGAAAGUAUUUAGAAAUGAACCAUAAUUCUAAUGAUAUUUUGGAACACUACAUUAAUAUAUCGAGUAAAUUAAAGAAGAGAUUUUUAAGGAAACCAAAUAUAACAGAAGCUUGUGAUUCCUUUAUAAGUUUAGCCAAAAAAUGUGAAACAUUGGAAUUGCCAGCAUAUUCGAGUUUGUGUUAUAUAGCAGCAGCAAGAUGUGAAGGCUCUCUACUUAAUAAUACAGGUGAAACAUCUUGUUUAGUCCAGUCUGCUAGAGUACUAUUUGAAGCAGAAAAAAGUGAUAGAGAUUUAGGUUGCAAAAAUCUUUCUGGAGAGUAUUUGCAAGCUGGUUUGAGUUGUUAUGCACACGCAGAAAGUAGAUACUCAGAAAGUUGUAGUAUUCCCAUCAGCCUAAAUUUAGAAAUAGUUGAAUUCCUGAAGCGAAUUGGAAAAACUGAAUAUACACAUCUCUACAUAGAAAAUUCUGUAGAAUUGUCCAAAGCAAGAUGUAACACCAUAAUUCAUUGCUUACAACUUUUAGCAUCACAUUUUAUAAAUUGUGGUGACUUUUUGGCCUCACUUGAGGUAUUUUUGGAAAUUUCAAAACUAGCUGAUAAUUCAACUCCUAAUGGCAAUAGAUCUGAAAUCCUAUUGAAAUGUGAACUCAACAGUGUUCUUCUUUUGUUGAUUCUGCGACCUAGUCCCCAAAAGCUGUCACCAUGUUUAGCAAAAAUUUUAGAAAAAUAUACUUGGGGUGAUAAAAAUGAUUCAAGUUUGAGAGCCUGCAGAAUGACAGAAGAAAUGUUUCUGCUAUUACAAUCUCUUGUGACAACAUGCCAAUCCUUGGAUACAAGCAGUUUAUUAGACUUGGAAUCAGAUUUUUGGAAAUUAUUAUUCAAGGAGGAAAAAGAAUUACUUCGAAUAUUAGUCAAAACCUACCAGAGGUAACAGGUCAGGUCCAAUUGCUUUCAAACAUUAAUACAAACCUAAUUGACAUACAUGAAUACAGUUUUAAAGCGUCUUCAGAAAAAAAAUUGAGUUGUCACUUUUGUAUAUUUUGUAGUUAAUGUGAUGAAAUAAACUUAUUCUAUUCUA